CGCUGUGAGUGUGACAACCUCAAGUUGCCACUCCGGGAGAUUUAAACUUCCCACCAAACUGAUUUUUUCCUCGCCACAGAAGCGGAUUAAUAAAGCAUGUGACAUCUGGGUGGAAGCCGUAAACGCAAACCCCAGCCCCCUCCAAUACACGGUCUUGUCACUGCUCAGUGCUCACAUGCCAGUCUCAACUAGCUAGAUGGCUAGAUAGAUAGGCUUACCAGCUAGCUGCUUUGAAAGAAGUCUGCCUCAUACAGCUUGUCUAACUCAUGCAUCCUUAAAUUGGCCACCCCUAAGACACUAGCUUGGUUGCCGUCCACCUCAAGCCCACCAUCAUCGGCGGAAGUUCACCGUGCACAAGAUGGAUGAGGCUUCUCUGACCAUCAACAAUGAGCUGGAUAGUGAAAUGGUGGUCUCAUGGCUAUCCGACCACUGCUACCAGUGUUUGCUCCAGCCCCUGGGUGUGGUUCCGGCUGGGCUGGGUCCUGGCAUGCCCAGCUCGGUGGACUUUACUGUGGGCACGCAGCAUGGCAUCACCCUGCAGCUCAACAGCACUCCUGUUAAUUUGGAGCUCUGCAGGGUUCAGUUUCACUUUGGGGAACAAGGAAACUACUUUCUAUGGGUGAAGAACCUCAACGACUCCUCUGUGGUCAACUGCUCCUUGAUCACCGACAAAGAGCCAGUCAACAGCUACAUACCCAUCCUGAUAGCCUCCCUCCUCUUCACUGGGCUGGCCAUAGUCUGGGCCAUAGCAGGCUCUAUCACACGGCUGGAUGCGGUGAGGAAUGUAAUGCUGCGGUUGGGCAACUCCAUGGAAACGGAGAGGCUCAUCAACUCUGAACUUGGAACUCCAGGCAGGACAGUAGAGACAGCCACAGACACCAUCCUUCCCACCCAGCCAGCCCCCACCAAGAGGCUACGGUCUCUUGACACCUUCAGAGGGUUGUCCUUGGUGGUCAUGGUGUUUGUGAACUACGGUGGAGGCAGGUACUGGUUCUUCAGGCACAAGAGCUGGAAUGGGCUGACCAUUGCUGACCUGGUAUUUCCAUGGUUUGUGUUCAUCAUGGGCACGUCCAUAGCCCUGUCCAUUCACUCCAUGCUGCGAGGGGGCUCCACGCGCUGCUCUCUCCUGUGGAAGACCGCAUGGAGGAGCAUGCAGCUCUUCCUCAUAGGCAUCUUCAUCAUCAACCCCAACUACUGCCUGGGCCCCUUGUCAUGGGACACCCUGCGUAUCCCUGGAGUACUGCAGCGACUGGCUUUCUCUUACAUGGUGGUGGCAUGUCUGGACCUGUGUGUGGCCCGGACACGCCUGGACAACCUCCCUAUGGAUGCCUGGUGGUUCCCUGUCAGGGAGUUUCUUCUCUACUGGCCGGCCUGGCUGGUCGUAGUCGCCUUGGAAACGCUCUGGUUGUGUCUCACCUUUCUGCUCCCUGUGCCAGACUGUCCAAACGGAUAUCUGGGUCCCGGAGGCAUCGGUGACAUGGGCCUCUAUCCAAACUGCACCGGCGGGGCCACGGGCUACAUUGACCGCUGGCUCCUGGGGGACCGACACAUCUACCAGACCCCAUCCUCUCGCGUGAUCUACUUCACUCACAUGCCCUUUGACCCAGAGGGAGUGCUGGGCAGCAUAAACUCUGUACUGAUGGCGUUCCUAGGCCUGCAGGCAGGAAAGAUACUCCUCCACUACAAGGAUCUUCACUACAGCAUCAUCAGCAGGUUUCUCAUUUGGGGUCUCAUAUUGGGAGUUGUUUCGGCCACACUGACCAAGUGUUCGCGAGACCAAGGCUUCAUCCCAGUCAAUAAGAACCUGUGGUCCCUGUCGUAUGUGACCACGCUGGCGUGUUUUGCUUACGUGGUCCUGGUUCUGGUGUACUACACUGUAGAUGUGAAGCACUGGUGGUCUGGAGCUCCUUUCUACUACCCAGGUAUGAACUCGAUCCUGGUGUACGUGGGUCACGAGGUCUUUGAGGAUUACUUCCCCUUCCGCUGGAAGAUGGCCAACAGCCAAUCACAUGCUGAACAUCUGACCCAGAACCUGCUGGCCACUUCUCUUUGGGUCCUUAUCUCCUUCCUGCUGUACAGGAAGAAGAUCUUCUGGAAGAUCUAGGUGCAUUGUGGAAACAGGGAGGGAUGACUCGUCGAGUAAAGGUGGGUUAGGAGAGACGCAACCUAGUAAAACCUUAUAAGAUGGACAACUUGGAUCAUGUUAUAUUGAGGUCAUGUAUGACAGUGCCUCAUUCUUCUUUGAAAUGCCAAACACAAGGACCCUGACCAUCUUGCCCAUUCCUCACACUGUAAGGCGAUGAGUGUCAACCCACAGCCGUGUGCUCUCAAAAGUCCAGUUUAUGGCAAUGGGUGAACUGGCCCCUGACAUUGAAGGCAUUAUCACUCAGGAACAACUGGUCUGGGGUCUGUGUUAGGAUAACAAGACAGUCCAGCCCUUCAAAAUGAAGACAUUUUCACUAAGGAACCACUGGUCUGGGGUCCUGGUUGGGACCUGGAGAAGAGUUUCAGGGAGGGGCAUGUUUGGUUUUUGUCUCAAUCUUUAUAAAGACUGGUGUACCAUGUGUUUCAAUCCAGAUUAUAGGUUUCAGAUACUAUGUAAAAUAAUCAUUCAAUGAUGGUCUGUUGCUAAUCACCUUGGAGUGGGUAAUACAAGUGUGUGCGUGCGCACAUUUAAGUCUGUAUGAAUCAUGUACCUCAGUCGGGGAUUUCUGUGCCAAAAACCUGUCAUACAUGCCUGUAUAUUAUGUCCCAAUUAAAGGACUCACAAAACAUCAAAAAAAUAUAUUGCACUUGUCCUGAAGAAUGUAUCCAAGUAACUGUAUGAUUACACUUCAAAUUACAACUUUAAAUUAACAGCAAGCAAUGUGCCAUAACACUAGAGAUAAUAAUACAACUUUAAUACAUUUGCACAAAAUCAGUACAUCAGUACAAAAUGAUAACCUGACCUAUGUUGAGUAAAAACUGACCUGUCCCUAAAACUCUUCAGUGUCAUUUAUUGUAAGUGUGAACAAAAUUGUAUCAAUGGUUAUAAUAUAACAUGAAAUUGAACUUUUUCAAAAAAUGUCAUUAUGCUUUUUUUAUAUGAAUGUAAUAUAAAUGUAAUCUUAUAUUUUAAUAAACUUACUUUGCUGAU